AUGAACAACUCCUUUUGUAAACACCUGGUCAGUCGACAUAAACCUAGUAUGAAGCAUACCCCAGACCCGCGUGGGAAACAGCCUCCAAGCUACCUUUGCCGCAUUUUGAAAACUUCCCAAACUUCUGGAACAUCCAGAACUUCCGGCCGACUCCCCCCCUUCAGGUCGGCCUUGAGCCACAAAGUCAGAACUCCUACACCUCUCCACCCUUACAACCCUUACACCUCGCCCCUCGCCACCCUUAAAAAUCACCUUACACCUUGCCAGCCUUACAACUCGCUACCCUUACAACUUGCUACCCUUACAACUUGCUACCCUUACAACUCGCUACCCUUACAACUCGCUACCCUUCCCUUGCACCACCUUGAUCGCACCCACCUCGCUCGCACCCACCUCGCUUGCACCCUUACACCUCGUACCCACCUCACUCGUACCCUUACACCUCCCUUGCUACCCUUACACUACAUACCUAGCACCUCGCUACCGCCUGCCUCCCACCUCCCAGCGCAGCCUCAAACCAAAGUCCAAAGUCCCUAA